AAAGAGUAUUUGUUACUCAAAUGAACCUAAAUUUCCCAAAAUUAGAACUCGCUCCCUCUGUCGAACUCACUCCUUAACUUAGGGUUGCGGUCAGCCGGUUCGUUGCAGUUUGACGACGCGAGUUUGGUGGUGUGGAUGCUAACGGAGGUUCGUUGCUGGGUGGCGCUCUUCCAUUCCCUACUCUCUGUUCGAAGCGGUUCGUGGGUUUGAAGCGUGAGGUUGUCGCCCUAAUGCGGUUUGAAGCAGUUGCUGUUGCGGACGUUGGCGGCGGUUCGUUGGUGGCUGGUUUGCGGACGCUGACGGCGGUUCGUUGGGAUUGGGCCGCAAAUGUUGUUGUCGGAGAUGUCAAGGCAGAGAAGGAGGCAGAGGUUUUUGUGAAGGUCAAGCCCACCACAGAGGUUGACGGAAGGGAGGGAGAGGCCCAUCACUCUGCCGUUUGGGGAGCACUCGAUGCCGAGCCAUACAUUUACUUUUUCUAUAUCUGACUAUUGCAUUAUAAAUUUGAUCCAGAGGAUAGAUUCAGCAAAGGGAUGAUACAGGUGGGGUGCAUCGAGCCCGUCAUGGUCCUCCGUGUCGACAAGGAAAAGGGUUACAUCGAUCUCAAAGAGCGUAGGGUCUACGAAGAGGAUAUUCAGGCCUACGAGGAGAGAUACAACAAGAGCAAGCUCGUCCACUCCAUCAUGCGCCAAAUUGCUGAAAUCCUCAACAUCGAUUUGGAGAACCCAGCAUGUUAUUCUUGGAAUCUCCUGUUGGAGUUGGCUUUUCAUACUUAUACAAGCGGUGACUAUGACCAAUUGGGAGAUGAUUUAACAGUUGAGCUUAUCACAAGGGUUGUUUGUCAACCAGCUAACUGGUGCCCAACUGCAAAUGUACACUAAAGGUCAUAGCUACGACACCACGGGUGGAUAUCGUGAAAGGGUUGUGGCUUUAGAUCAAAUGGACCAAUCCAAGAAGUUGCAUGAGGCAACUAGUUGUCUGGCAUGAAUGGUGCAGUUGACUUGAUUAGGGAAGUAAAGCCAAAGCCAUGUCUAAUUUUAUGUAUUUGUUUUGUUCAAUUUUCUUCAUUUUGCCCUUUCUUUUUCUCUGGGCCCGAAGAACUGUAGGGUAUUUUCUUCUUAUAGUUUUAUGUAGAUGUUUAGUUUUGAGACUUUUGCCACAUAAAGCACCCUUUGUUUUAGACCUUGGUGAGUUGUACUGUUGUUUUGGCCCUGAAUCUCAUUCUUUAAUUUUUA